UAUAUGUAUACACAUAUAAAUGAAGUCUCCUCAAUUUCCCUCUCCGUCAAAAGAUUCAUCUCCCCUACUCUAAAUUUCUCUCUUUUCCUUCUUCUAUCAAUACUUUCUAUCUCUGUAAUUUUUUUUUCGAUUUCUGUCUCUGGAUUUUGAUUGAUUUCUCUCCAACUUAAUUGAAUAUGGCUUCUUAUAAACCCAAGAAUAUCCUGAUAACUGGGGCUGCUGGGUUUAUUGCAUCUCAUGUUGCCAAUCGGCUUGUUCGGAACUACCCCGAGUACAAGAUUGUUGUACUUGAUAAGCUUGAUUACUGCUCAAACACUAAAAACCUCCUUCCUUCCAAGUUAUCCCCAAACUUUAAGUUUGUGAAGGGGGACAUUGAAAGUGCUGAUCUUGUUAACUAUCUUCUUAUCACGGAGUCUAUUGACACAAUAAUGCACUUUGCAGCACAAACUCAUGUUGAUAAUUCAUUUGGGAACAGUUUCGAGUUUACAAAGAACAAUAUUUAUGGCACUCAUGUCCUACUUGAAGCUUGCAAAGUCACAGGUCAGAUUAGGAGGUUCAUCCAUGUUAGCACCGAUGAGGUUUACGGGGAGACGGACGAGGAUGCAGUUGUAGGAAACCAUGAAGCUUCCCAACUUCUCCCAACGAACCCGUAUUCUGCAACAAAAGCAGGUGCUGAAAUGCUUGUUAUGGCAUAUGGGAGGUCAUAUGGAUUACCUGUAAUUACGACCCGUGGAAACAAUGUUUAUGGUCCCAAUCAGUUUCCGGAAAAAUUAAUUCCCAAGUUUAUCUUAUUGGCAAUGAGGGGGAAGACUCUUCCGAUUCAUGGGGAUGGUUCUAAUGUGAGGAGUUAUUUAUACUGUGAGGAUGUUGCUGAAGCAUUUGAAGUCAUUCUUCACAAGGGUGAAGUUGGUCGUGUUUAUAAUAUUGGCACGAAGAAAGAAAGGAGAGUGAUUGAUGUAGCUAGAGAUAUAUGCAAACUUUUCUCGAUGGAUCCUGAGACAAGCAUUGAGUUUGUCGAAAACAGACCGUUCAAUGACCAGAGGUAUUUUCUUGAUGAUCAGAGAUUGAAGAACUUGGGAUGGUCCGAGCGAACUGUAUGGGAAGACGGGUUGAAGAAGACCAUAAAAUGGUACACUCAAAACCCUGAUUGGUGGGGUGAUGUGACUGGUGCGUUGCUUCCACACCCAAGAAUGUUGAUGAUGCCUGGAAGUACACACUUCGAUUCCGAGGACGGCAAAGAGACAUCAUAUGUAAGUGGUCCUAAUCAGACCCGAAUGGUGGUUCCAACCCCCAAGGGCGGUAGCUCUCCCCAAAAACAAUCCUUGAAGUUCUUGAUCUAUGGCAGGACUGGCUGGAUAGGUGGUUUACUUGGUCAGUUAUGCGAGAAACAAGGUAUUGCCUUCGAAUAUGGAAAAGGACGCUUGGAAGAUCGUUCAUCACUCAAUGCAGAUAUUCAAAAUAUAACGCCGACCCAUGUGUUUAAUGCUGCUGGUGUUACCGGCAGACCUAAUGUUGAUUGGUGUGAAUCUCACAAAACAGAAACAAUUCGUGCCAAUGUGGCUGGUACUUUAACCUUGGCAGAUGUUUGCAGAGACCAUGGGCUGUUGAUGAUGAAUUUCGCUACCGGGUGUAUAUUUGAGUAUGAUACUGCACAUCCUCAGGGCUCUGGCAUUGGAUUUAAAGAGGAAGAUAAACCCAAUUUCAUCGGUUCCUUCUAUUCAAAAACCAAGGCCGUGGUUGAAGAGCUGUUGAAAGAGUAUGACAACGUCUGCACCCUUAGAGUUCGAAUGCCGAUCUCAUCUGACCUAAACAAUCCACGCAACUUCAUCACCAAGAUUUCACGCUACAACAAGGUGGUCAACAUUCCCAACAGCAUGACAGUCUUGGACGAACUUCUACCGAUAUCGAUCGAGAUGGCAAAGAAGAACUUGAGGGGUAUAUGGAACUUCACAAACCCUGGGGUUGUGAGCCACAAUGAGAUCCUCGAGAUGUACAAGACUUACAUUGACCCCAAGUUUAAGUGGGAAAACUUCACAUUAGAAGAACAAGCCAAGGUGAUCGUUGCACCCCGAAGCAAUAACGAGAUGGAUGCAUCCAAGUUGAAGAAGGAGUUCCCUGAGUUGUUAUCCAUCAAAGAAUCACUGAUUAAGUAUGCCUUUGAACCGAACAGGAGAACCUGAGCUUAUUAAGCAGGUUUCAGCUUAUAGAUUCUAUACUUUCUGCACCUAAUAUUAUAUGAUCAGGAAUAUCUUUUAAGCUCCACUCUUUUGCUACCGUUAUCUUCCACCAAAUUAGUUUACUUGAGCUACAAGGUAUUAACCUAUGUUGCUUAGAUUCUUCCAUUUUUUGGAGUAUACAUUUCCAAUCCAUAUUUUGAAGUAUAAAUAUCUAUACCCAAUGCUCAGAUUUGAGUUCUGUAGGUAUCAGGUCAGGUGUACUAUUUUUUGUAUUUUGUUAGUUGAAAUUUUUUUGGCUUUUAACACUCUUGAACUGGUUUCUAAUGGAAGAAUUUGCUUUAUUGCAUAAAA